AAGAGUCAGGGAGAUCACUCCGGCCACGUGAGAUGACGUACAUGACCGCUACGGGUGCUCGAGAGAGUUCAGUCAGUUCAGUUCACCUCUCGAGCCAGCCCUGAGCGAGCUUUCAGCUUUGCCAUUCCCCUUAUUUCCCCGACUGUUAAGCUCGUGCCUGAGACGUCUUCCCGUCGCCGUGUUUUUAGUCCCUUUCUGUCAGAAUGGAGUGUCGCGUGCUGUCCGUGCAGAGUCACGUGGUGCGCGGUUACGUGGGGAACAAGUCUGCGUGCUUCCCGUUACAGGUGCUCGGCUUUGAAGUGGACUCCAUCAACUCCGUCCAGUUCUCCAAUCACACAGGUUAUGGGCAUUGGAAGGGGCAAGUCCUGAAUGCGGAUGAACUGCAGGUGCUUUAUGAAGGACUGAGACUAAACCAGCUCAUGCAGUAUGACUAUAUACUCACAGGCUACAGCAGAGAUGAGUCUUUCCUGCAGAGGGUUGUUGAUAUGAUCCAGGAACUGAGGAACAUAAACCCCAAACUGGUGUACGUGUGUGACCCUGUGAUGGGAGACCAUGGCUCAAUGUAUGUUCCGGAGGUGUUGUUGCCAGUUUAUAAGGAGAAAGUGGUUCCCAUCGCCGAGAUCCUUACACCCAACCAGUUCGAAGCAGAGUUGCUGACGGGCAGGAAAAUCACUUCUGAGCAGGAUGCUUUGGAGGUGAUGGCUGCGCUCCAUGAUGCUGGUCCUCAUACUGUAGUCAUCACCUCAUCUGACCUGCCGUCGCCACGGGGACCAGAGUACCUGGUGGCACUGGGAAGCCAGAGAACAGUGUGUGAGGACGGCUCGGUGAAGACCCAGUGUGUGCGGAUGGACGUCCCUCGUGAGGAUGCUGUGUUCGUGGGGACCGGAGAUCUCUUCGCUGCUCUGCUGCUGGCCUGGACACACACACACCCCAAGGACCUGAAGACUGCGUGUGAGAAGACCGUCUCAACCAUGCACCACGUCAUCAAGAGGACCAUGGCCUAUGCCCGCACGGUGGCGGUGGGGAGACGGCCCACUGCAGCUGAGCUGGAGCUGCGGAUGAUUCAGAGUAAAGCCGACAUCGAGGGGCCAUCCAUCGUCGUGGAGGCCCAGCUCAUCUAACCCUCAUCCAUCCAUCACCAUGGAGACCCAGCUCAUCUAACCCUCAUCCAUCCAUCACCAUGGAGACCCAGCUCAUCUAACCCUCACACUGCAUCCAUCCAUCUCCAUGGAGACCCAGCUCAUCCAUCACCAUGGAGACCCAGCUCAUCUAACCCUUAUCUAUCCAUCACCAUGGAGACCCAGCUCAUCCAUCACCAUGGUGACCCAGCUCAUCUAACCCCCUCAUCCAUCCAUCACCAGCGUUCCAUCCCACACUGUAGAACCCCAUC